UAGCUCUAUCAGGUUAACUCAAAUCACAUGCCACCUUCUUUCUCACUUGUUUAUCUUUUCUUUCUUUCUUCUUUCUUUAUUUUUAUCACCGUUGGCUCCAAGUUUCCUCAGCCCUUUAUUCUUUCUCUUGUUUCUAUAUAAUAUAUAGACUUCCUGGAUUUGGUUGGACAACUUGAGUUGAAGGACUUCAAGCAAAACUUAGCUUCUUCUUCUUCUUCUUCUUCGGUGAGUUUGAGGCAAUUUCCAGGUUUUUGGUAGAUUAACUCGAUCUGGGUCUUUGUUAAAAGGUUGAAAUAUAGCAGUUUUUUGUUGGGAGAAAAAAGCUAUGGAUACUUCACUGGAUCUAAAUCCUUCUUCAGAUGGGCCCUUACCACUUGACACUCCGAAGAAGGAACCAAGUGGAAAUGGCAACUUGAUUGUGUUUGGAAAGAAACUUUCUAUGAAAGAAGAGAGUGGUGCUUUAGUGGAAGAAUUGAACCGUGUCAACGAAGAAAACAAGAAGCUGACAGAAAUGUUAGCAGCAAUGUGUGAGAGCUACAAUGCUUUGCAAAGCCAGUUGACGAAUUUAAUGAGCAAAAUCCCAGAAAAAGAACUCAGCCAUUCAAAGAAAAGAAAAUCUGAAAGCAGAAACAACAACCACAACAACAACAACGAUAAUUAUAACUUUGGGAUCAUUGGAAACUCAGAGAGCAGCUCAACUGAUGAAGAUUCAUGCAAGAAACCCAAAGAAGAAAUUAUAAAGGCCAAAGUUUCUAGAGUAUAUGUCAGGACUGAGGCAUCUGAUACUAGCCUUGUUGUAAAGGAUGGAUAUCAAUGGAGGAAAUAUGGGCAGAAGGUGACCAGGGAUAAUCCUUCCCCAAGAGCUUACUUCAAGUGUUCUUUUGCUCCAACCUGCCCUGUUAAAAAGAAGGUGCAAAGAAGUAUUGAUGAUCAAUCAGUGGUGAUCGCAACAUAUGAAGGUGAACACAACCAUCUUCCUCCUUCUCAAAUGGAACCAACAUCAGGUUCAAGCCACCGUGGUUCAGCCUCAUUGAACCCAUCUGGACCAACCAUGACUCUAGACUUCGGCAAAACCAAGCCCAGUGGUAGUGAUGUAGCUAGAAUCUGCAGCUCCAGUCAGCCAAAAAUGGAUUCACCGCAAGUCAGACAAUAUUUGGUGGAACAGAUGGCUACUUCUUUGACGAAAGACCCAAAAUUCACAGCAGCAUUGGCAGCUGCCAUUUCAGGAAGAAUGUUUCAGCAAAGUCCAGUUGAAUAAAAAAAAUGGGAUGGAAUUAAUAUCUCAAAACAUAAGAUCAAUUUAGAGUUUUUUUUUUCUCGUUUCUAUUUUAGGAUUUAUAUCUGUCUUGCUGGGAAAUAUACCGGCGGACAAAGAGUUGUUUCUAUGAUUUUGUCACCUAUAAGCAGUAAUUGUUAUGAACUUAGAAUGUUGUAAAUAUAACAUUGCAGAAGAAUUGGGGAAACACACAAUUUAAAAACAGAAUAGGAGAGGAAAUCUGUUCAAGCA